AUGCAAGCUCAACCUCGUAUAAAGGGGACAGCAUCAGAGGUGGUUCCUCUCGCCUUACCCAAAGGAAAGAAAAAGUUAUGUGAACUUUGCCAAGGAGCAGCGCGCCUGCAAUGCACAAAGUGUCGGGUCACCUUUUACUGUAAUGCAGAGCACCAGCAGGAUGACUGGGUGGGGAUCCAUGAGAGAAUCUGUCAGUUGCUGGUUCCCAUUCGCACCCCAAAAGUUCUCCAGCAGGCUGAGACAGAGCCUAAUAAGGUGGAGCUGAUUGAGAUUUGCAGGUCGGUGGCUCAGAGCAAGCUGUCUGAGGGGAAACACCGGGAGGCUCUGCCGGCCGCCCGGUGCUGCCUGCGCUACUCCAAAGACGUCCACGGCCCCAAGACUGUCCAAAUGGUCCCUGCCUACCUGCUACUGGCUGAUGCUAACAUGGGUUUGGGUGAUCUAGCCCAGGUAACGGAGCUCUUGGCACAGGCAGAGUGGGCGGUGUUGAAGAGCCCGGAGCACUCAGUCCACCACCGGCUGCACAGGAGCCUGGGCCGCCUCCACGCAGCGACUGGAAACCUUGAAGCAGCUCUGUUCGACUUCGCAAAUGAUAUAUACUUUGCCAGUGAGGAAUAUGGUCUGGACAGCACGGUCGCCUGCGGCGGCUACUUUCUCAUGGCUGGUGUGUUUGCCAAACAGGGCAAAAUGCCCCUUGCUCGUUCCUUGUACUCUAAGGUGGCACAAACUUGGCACGGCCAUUUGACCAAACUCCUCGAGACCCACGCCCAAAACGUCCAAGAUCCUGACAGGGUGUUGGAGCCCUCUUAUGCCCAGCGAGUUGAAGUGCACGAUUUGUUAAAAUCCAUGUUGGAGUUUGAGCAGAACUACUCCAGAAAAGACUCGGCUCAGGUUGCACUGGUGGCCCACUGCCUGGCCAUGCUGUGGUUCCUCGGAGGAGACUCCCUAAAGUGUAACGACGUACCACGUCAGGUUUGUGUCGGAGGAGUUAAGUGGGAUAAGUCAAGCCGACCAGGCACUGGGAUUUGGCAGCACAGCCCUGCAGGCCAGCCAGCUGAUACCGAACCAUGACCUGACAGAACCUAUCCGGUGCCUGGUGCAGAGUCUACAGACGGAGCCACACACUGGUUCUGACUAGUCACAGUACCGGUCCUGCUGAUCCCUCUGCUUACAGAUGUGCUUCACCGGGACAUCUGUUUAGGCUGACAGUGAUUCACCCGUUCAAAUGUAGAGCCCAAUGAACUAGAGACAAAUAAAAGAGGACAGAGCUUUUGAGGUAAUGUAGGGUUUAUCCAGAUGUUGUGAAUUGGUAUUGUAUAAGCAUGUAAAACAUUUUGAUAUUGAAAUGCUGAUAAAAGG